AGGAGUGAUAACCAUGACCAAGUGGCUGACAAGGAAAAGUGCGGCGGUUUCGGAACCAACCAGCCAGUUGAUGGUGAUGAUCACGAACAUAGUCAUGACAACGAGGAAAACGAUUCUGGUCUUGCAAAAAACAAUGAAACGUCGUCAAAAAUGAAAAGGGAGUGCUUUGAAGAUUAUAACGGCAACAAAAUGACUGUUGUUUUUCAUGCUGUACUUGCGCCCCAUUUUAAAUUUGAGCCAAAUCUUGGAGACAAAAUUUACAUGAGGUUUGGAGGAGAAAUGUUUCGAGAUUUUCAGGACAAUGUUGUGGAGGUGAUCCAUCAGCGGUAAGCUACGAGUUAUAAAUAAUGUUGAUUGGAAAACAUGACGUAAAAUCAGCGUGUCCUUGUUCAAGUUUUAGUUAAGAAAUUAAGCCCUAAAAAGAAACGCUUCUUCUACGUGAAGCUCCACAUUUUGCAAGGCUCCUUAAAUAUCCUGAGUCAACUUUUUUUUUUUUUAAAUUAUCUUCAUUCCCGUUUUUAUUGGUAUAGUUUUUAUAAAAAGGUUUGCAUGACGUUUAGUUGGUCAUGAGAUGAAAUUUCUUUUAAGGAUGUAUGCUUACGUUAGGAAGUGGUCUGCCUGUGGCAAUUUAAUGAAUGGGGUUAUUUUCUAACGAAGCUGUAGUAAUUAAUGCGUCGAUGUUGGACUGAUUUGGUUUUGAAAACUGAGUUGGUUUUAAAAAUAAGGCGAACUGGAAACGUUCUAACUAUAGAGCGUUUAGUCAUCGUAGCUGACGGGAUUUGACGUGUACGACUGUUUAAAGCACCCGUGGAAUUGAAUUUGGCUGUACAGGCGUAAGAAUAAUUAGGAUGAGAGAAGUCAAGAUUCUCCAUCCCAGCCUCGCCACCUGCUGUUCCCGGCGGCUCUAGAAGCACUCCCGCACUCCAGGCGGUGUUUGCACUGGGAUUGCAAUGCAUUGUGGAUGUAGAAAUUUCAUGAUGGCGGCGAAGGUCAAGAAAACAUGGCCUGAACUGCAGGAAUGGCUCCUAGCCGUAAUGAGAGUAACCGCUGAACGCUUGACAUGUGGUCACGCAUUGCCAUACAUAGCCCCCCAUAGCUACCCAUUGAGACAUAUAGCCAUACAUAGCCACCCAUAGCCACGUAUAGCCACCCAUAGCUACACAUAGCCACCUAUAGCCACCCAUAGCUACACACAGCCACCUAAAGCCACCCAUAGCUACACCUAGCCACACAUAGCUACACAUACUCCACAUAGCCACCUUAGCCACCCACAGCUACACCUAGCUACACUAGCCACCUAUAGCCACCCAUAGUUACACCUAGCUACACUAGCCACCUAUAGCCACCCAUAGUUACACCUAGCUACACAUAGCCACCUAUAGCCACCCAUAGCUACACAUAGCCACACAUAGCUGCACAUAGCCACCUAUAGCCACCCAUAGAUACACAUAGCUACACAUAGCCACCUAUAGCCACCCAUAGCUACACAUAGCCACCUAUAGCCACCCAUAGCUACACAUAGCUACCCAUAGCCACCUAUAGCCACCCAUAGCUACAAAUAGCUGCCUCCAACCAUAACUGCACAUAGAGCUACACAAAGUCACACAUAGCCACCCAUAGACACGCAUAGCUGCACAUAGCCACCCAUAGCUACACAUAGCUACAGAUAGCCACCAAUAGCUACACAUAGCCACACAUAGCCACACAUAACUACACAUAGCGACCCAUAGCCACACAAAGCUGCACAUAGCCACCUAUAGCUACACAUAACUGCACAAAGCCACACAUAGCUACCCAUGCACACACAUAGCCACACAAAGCCACACAUUGGUACACAUAGCCACCCAAUGGUACAAAUGGCUACACAUACCUAGGCAAGUAGUAGUAGUAUUUUUUCAGUGACAAACUUAAGAGAUAUAUAUGUUAUUCACCGGCCUAGGUCGGUCCGUAUUGGGAGAAACUGAGCUCGAGGUCUUGCUUACCGUCCUCGGCCUACAACAUUUUUAUUUUUCCUUACUGAGAUUUAAAAGUUUCAGGAAAAUUUUACUUUAGUCCAAUCUAUUUGUGUUGAAGUAGGACCCAAUCGUGUUGAUGAAGCGCGCCAUAGAUUGCAAACUAAAACAAAACAUUACAACAUGAUUUUUAGCUUGUAAUUUUAUAUAUUAUCACAAUUAAGCUCUCCUUUAGAAUAAAGAAGGGAGGUUAAGGGUUGGGGAGCUUAAGCAACUACGACGAAGACCACACUGAACGACAACUUAGAAAAACAAUUGGUUUUAUGAGCAAAACAACAGCCCUGCACUUGCAUCACGCAUUUUAGUACGUUUCUUUGACGUCCACUGCACGACCACGAAGUGAAACCUCCUAAUGCAACGUUUUAUGUAGGAUUUCGACAUACGACGAUGAAUUCUCCUUUCUCUUUUUGAACCUGGAUUAAGUCCUGACAAAUUCAACUCAACCCCGCCCCCCUUCCCCAUAUAUUAAAAAAGGUCGCCUGCAUUUGACAUAUUGAGCGGGUCCAAAUAGACGCGAUUAAGUUUGAAAGAACGCAAAUGUAGCUAUAUGUGGCUUUGGGUGGCGAUGUGUGUCGAAAUAUGGCUAUGUGUAGCUAUGUGUGGCUAUGUAUAGGUACGGGUGGGUAUGUAUAGCUAUGGAUGGCUAUGUGUAGCUAUGUGUAGCCAUGUGUAGCUAUGAGUGGCUAUGGUUCGCCAUAUGUAGCCAUGUGUAGCUAUGGGUGGCUUUAGGAGGCUAUGUGCAGCUAUGAGUUGCUAUAGGCGGCUAUGGGUGGCUAUGGAUGGCUAUAUGUUGUUAUGGUUGCUAUUGGUGGCUAUGUAUGGCUAUAUGUUGCUAUGGAUGGCAAUGUGUAAACACAUGUGAGGCGGUCAGCGGUUACUUUCAUUACGGCUCGGAGCCAUUCCUACAUAUUUUAAAUGGCUAGUGUCAACAAACUGCGUAUAAACUGAGGUCAGUCAACCUGUUUACCUUAAGAACACAGUUAUAUCCAGGGAUUUGCAUAGUUUGGUGGCUUUAGUUAAUACAUUUCAUCUCAUGGCUGUACUAAGUUAUAAUUGGGGAACAAAGGCUAAGGGAAAAAUAGUUGGCAGGAAACGAAACAUCUGUUGUACUUGAUUCGUUGUCUCAGGUAAUUUUUCUUUUUCUUUUGUUUUUGGGUAUGUUAAUCUAGUAUGCUAAUGGAGUUGAAACAAAAGAAAAAUAAUAUUUGCGUGAGAAAAAAUUAACUGCAAGAUAUCCGAAGUGGAAAAAAGGGGGUACUACUAGGAUCCACCACAGUAAUAAUUGCUAACCCAAAAGUCUGAAGUAUAGCAACAACAUGGGAGGAAAUUAAAAAACAAUAUCCGUCGCUAUAAAGUGACUGCACUGAAAUACUAAUCACCGUGCCAAUAUAAUAAAAGGUGAAUACAUUUGCCCAAAAUUUUGCAUGACAUCUAUAACACCUAUGACACAAUAUUUGAAUUAAACAAAAGUAGUUGCAGGGAGGGGUAUCAAAAGAAAGGAAAGGGAUCUCCCUACAUGUUGCCCCUGAUUACAGUAGAUUUGUAAACACAGAUAAGAUUUUCACAUUUUGAAUUGAGAAAAAUUAUUAGCAUACAAAAAAUAUGUGAUGACAUGUGUUUUUACACACUGAUACAAUCAUUCACAUGAAAUAAAAUGAAAUAAAGGCAAAAACCAUGAAUGCCUCUUAAGCUCAGCUCUUGUCACUUAAUCUGCUUAACUGUAUGAGGAUUAGAAAUCACAAAUGCUGAAUGCCAUUUUCAAUUUCAAACUUUAAAUUCUGUCACUCAUACCAAUAGAAAGCAAGGAUACUAGAUUGCAGUAUUUCUUCAUUAGAUUUUUAUUUAACACUGAAGAUGCCUGAAGAAAGUGCUCAAUAUUAUUUGUAAAUAGGACAAAACUCACCCGACACGUACUGAUAUCUUGAUUGACUUUUCAUUUACAGUACUUUAUGUGUGAUAAAUGCAGAUGGUAAAACAAAUAAAAAAUGCAAACGGGGUGCCAACAAACCUAAAUCCCUGUAAAGACCUAGCAGGGCCUCUGUAAAGCUGACCCGCUAAACUUGUCUUAUAGUCUAGAAACUGUUUUAGGGCUAUCUUGUCAGAACGAAGUUAAAAUUUUUCAUCCUGGCCCAUACCAGUCUGUUUUCAAGCCAACUUAAGCUUAAAUUUGUCUUGCUAAUAAUGAAGAAAUCGUCGUAGUACCUCGUAGUUCUAGUUGCACUAAUCUGACGAUAAAAUCACUUUUUUCGGCAAACCACUGGUCUUACCUUUAGUGCUACAGUCGCUUCCUGCGAGAUGUUCACCCCUCACCAUCUUGUCACAAAUGAUCAGAUUUUGAGUACCGCCCAUGAGGCGUAACGAUCCCAGUGCGCACACCGCCUCCCGCACUCUGAGUCCUCCAGCUAAAAAUUAAAGUUAUCUUGCAAAGGUAACAAUCACUUAAAACCACCAUUGCUUCUAAUCUAUGGAUGGAUUUUGUUAUCAUCUCUGUACAUCUGAAGAUGGAUCUUUGGAGAUUGAUUGAAUGUGAUAAUAUUCUGUAAUUUGGAAUAUAGAUCCUUAGAGAAUGAUUUUAUCCUGGUGCAAGCAAGGCUCGUGGUACCAUGUUCAUAUAUGUCCCGCCGAGUUCCAUACAAGUACAUUGUAUGGAAAGAAGAAAGGAAAGAUUCAAAAGAAAAGGAAAAGGCAAAAUAUUUGUGGGAAUACUUAGUUGACUGGGGAUACAACAAGAACAGAUGUCUUCAAAUACCAGAGGACAGAUGUGGACCGGGAGGUGUUUAA